AGAUGUUCAGGAGGGCCUCCGAAUCUACACUGUUGUGCCGUGGAUGCCGUACCUCCUGAUUGGAGGAUCUGCUUGUGCCGUCAUUUUAUUCUUCUAUCUGCCAUUCACUAAGUUCUGGCCCUUGACCAUGCUCCUUGGGGCUUGGAUAGUCUAUGAUCGGAACACCCACAGUAGAGAUUGUAGACGUUCGACUUGGGUACGAAACUGGACCCUCUGGAAAUAUUUCGGAAGUUACUUCCCAGUAAAGCUGGUGAAGACUCACGACCUUUCUCCAAAUCAAAACUACAUCAUUGCCAGCCACCCCCAUGGCCUUUACUCUUAUGGUGUCUUCAUCAACUUUGCCACCGAGGCCACUGGCUUUGCUAAGAUUUUCCCAUCCAUCACUCCCUCCUUAGGGACCUUGGAAGGGUUCUUCUGGAUGCCAAUUUUGCGAGAGUUUCUGAUGUGUUUGGGUGCACGCCCAGUGAGCGAGUCGUCUCUGAAGUACAUCCUGACCCAGAAAGGCUCAGGCAAUGCCAUGAUUAUCGUGGUGGGUGGAGCUGCCGAAGUCCUCCUGACUCGGCCUGGAGAAACCGUCCUCUUCCUCAGACAGCGUAAAGGUUUUGUGAAGUUGGCACUGAUGACAGGGUCACAUAUUGUCCCUUGCUAUUCCUUUGGUGAGAACGACCUUCACCAAUUCGUGAGCUUUCCUCAGGACACGUGGAUGAAUUACUUCCAAGAAACCUUCCAGAACACAUGCAAAAGAUUCCUGGGAACGAGUUUCCGUGGCUGCUGUGGACAGGGAAUCACUCGUGGAUCCUGGGGCUUCCUGCCUUUAAGACGGCCCAUUACCACUGUUGUUGGGGAACCCCUGCCAAUUCCCAAGAUUGAGAAUCCAGACAAGAAGACAGUGGACAAGUAUCACGCACUCUACAUUAGUGCCCUGCACAAGCUGUUUGAACGAUACAAAGUUGAAUGUGGCUUCCCUGAGACCCAAGAGCUGUUAAUCAUAUAACAGGAGCCAGAUUCCUCAUUAAUAAACCUCCAAAGCCAUGAAGGAUUCAAGCAGAGCCACAGGAAAGGAAUAAUUGGGGGAGAGGGUAGGAUCUCAAGGAUGAGAAAGGCCAACCAAGCCAGAAACUAUUUAAUGAAUUAGGGUUCCAGCAAUGGAAUCCCCUCCCAAGUAACCAAAGCAGGUUUUGGGGAAAGAAUCAGAGGAGCAGGGGAAGACCAGGGAGGGCUAGCUAGCAGAGAAGGUGGCUCCAUCAGCCCUGGUUAUGCUAGGCAGCAAUCCAGUUUGGGAGUCCUGUGAAUCAUUCCAGCCAACUCUCUGAUCACAGUAAUAAGAAGCCAAAGAACGCUGUGACCUUCCUCCUGAAUCUUAGAGACAUCCAUCACUGUUUAGGCUUAGAAGCUUUAUUUAGGAGUGUUUGUUUCCUCCCAGGCCCUUUUCUUAUGAUUUGGAGACUUCCUCAAGGUAAAUCGGGGACCUGAACUGUGGCUUC